AUGGACAAUCCCGAUUCUCAUGAAAUCAUGAUAAACGAGACAACGCCUCUGGUAUCUGCCAAGGGCUCAAAGAAACCUAAAACGCCCCUUCCAAAACUUCAGAUAGGCUUACUUAUAACGCUGCAACUUUCGGAACCCAUCGCUUCGACGUCUAUAUUCCCGUACAUCAACCAGUUGAUCAGAGAACUUGGGAUCACUGGGGGCAACGAUGCGGCUGUAGGAUAUUAUGCUGGAAUGAUUGAAUCUCUGUUUUUCGUCGGACAGGCACUGACGGUGCUGAGGUGGGCCCGGCUAUCUGAUCGCAUUGGGCGCAAGCCGGUGUUGGUGAUUGGACUCUCAGGUGCUUGCCUUUCGAUACUGUGUUUCGGCCUCUCCACGACAUUUUGGGGUCUUGUCAUUAGUGAUGAAGACCAUGAUGGGAGAAUUGACGGACUCCACGAAUAUGGCUCAGGGAUUCGCCUUGGUCCCGAUCGUCUGGUGUAUCGGAAGCUUUGUUGGGAUCAUUGGCCGACAUUGUUCUCUGGUUCAUUUUGGAGAGAUUAUCCAUACUUUCUGCCUUGUGGAGUGGCAGCCUGUCUGCUCGUCCUAGCCCUUGUCACGAUGACAAUCUUCUUAGAGGAAACAUUAUCAACAAAACGUCGGCCGAAAUUCACUUCAACUACGGUUAGUGUUUCAAGUAGCCCCGAUAGAGAAUCGCUCGUCAAAAGCUCUAUGGCAACCGUGCCCUUGCGAUCCCUCCUUACGUCUUCGGUCAUUAUUCCGAUGGCAAACUACGGCAUGCUCUCCUUCCUUGACGUUUCGUUCAAGGUUCUUUUGCCGUUGUUUUUUUCGACACCUACUUAUCUUGGCGGUCUUGGAUUUGAUCCUGCUACUAUUGGGACGUGGCUGGCGUUGAUUGGGAUCGUCGAUGGUGUUUUUCAGGCAUUCUUCUUUGCCAGAAUUGUUGAAUGGGUUGGUCCAAAACGUUUAUUCUGUAUCUCAGCAUCGUGCUACGUACCACUCAUGGCUAUGUUUCCGAUAAUGUCGUGGAUUUUGCGUGCAAGGGGUGAAGUCGAUCAUGCAAUCACGUUUGCCUUGCUUUCCCUCACAGUUAUAGAAGUCAUAUGGGAUAUGGCAUAUGGGACUAUCUUCCUGUUUAUCACAGCCUCUGCUCGUACAAACAAUGUCCUUGGUGCCAUCCAUGGCCUAGGCCAAACCUCUGCGUCGGUAGCUCGUGCGGUUGGUCCCGCAUUGGCGACCUCGCUCUUUGCUGUAACGAAGGAACACAACCUUUUAGGAGGAAAUGCAGUUUUUUUCAUCUUCAUUGCAUUGACUGGUGUAUUGAGAUGGAUGGCGUCCCUGUUGCCGGAUGAAGUACAAGAUAGGGAUGAGUGA